CCCCCAGACGCCCAGCGGGUGCCGCGACGUCCCGAGACCUUGGUUCGGACCUGCGUCUACUGUCCCUGCUGCUCGUGCGCCUCGUCCGCCGGUGCAGACCUUCGCGAGAGCUGCUCGGGUGCAGGCCUGGAGUAGUCUUGGCUGAUUGCCUUGAGAGUGCAAUGCAGAAGAACACUGGCCCAAUGGUGCCUUUACAUUAUUUUGGCUUUGGCUAUGCAGCACUGGUUGCUACUGGUGGAAUCAUUGGCUAUGCAAAAGCAGGUAGUGUGCCGUCCCUGGCAGCGGGGCUCUUCUUUGGAAGUUUAGCAGGCCUGGGUGCAUAUCAGCUGUCUCAGGAUCCCAGGAACAUUUGGGUUUUCCUAGCUACAUCUGGAACCUUGGCUGGCAUCAUGGGGAUGAGAUUCUACCAUUCUGGGAAGUUCAUGCCUGCGGGUUUAAUCGCAGGGGCCAGUUUGCUGAUGGUUGCCAAACUUGGAAUUAGUAUGUUAAAUAGACCCGAACCAUAGGGUCACAUCCCAGCUUCGACUCACGAAGAAUUAGAAAUCUCCAGACUUCCACUGUUCUCAGUGUAUUGAGGGAAAGAAGUGCAGCACAUUUACACGCUCUGACAUUUUACUUCAAAAACUAAACCAAAACAACACCAAAUUCGCUGGGGGGAAAAAUUAGUCAUUACUGUCACAGCCCUUCAAAGGUGGCGACGAUAUAGCACAAGAGCUUACUGGCUCCUUUGUAUGGUUCAAUUCAUUGAUGAAAUCAGGGUAUUAAAUGUGAGGUGUCAACAUUGGGAGUCCUGAAACCCAGAAGAACAGUAUGAAAAAGUGUCAUGGUGAGAUUUCAGAUGUGUGUUCUUUUUUCAUUUUACAGCACAGCCCUACUCUGAAAUUAUGUAAAAUGAAAUAUCAGUGAAAAUAAAUUUUACU